AUGCUGGUCCACAAAAUGUAAAAAAUGCAAUGGUAAUCCCAUGAUGUGGGUAAUCUAUAUUAUGAAUUCUUUAAAAUUUAGCUUAAGCCCAUAUCAAAGGUCCUCCAAAAAUUCUAUAUAGCCCUUAAUUUUUAUAAAGAUUGAAAUAUGAAAAAUAUGUAUCUGAUCCUUUUAAGAAAUUUGUCCCAUUUUAAGAGAUUAGUGUAUAUUGUGUGUAUUAUUCAGGAUCGUGUGCUCCAUCUAGAAAGUCAUAAGCUAAAUAUUAUGAGUCUAUAUAUAUAUAUAAAGUUGAUACAAGGUGUUUCAUCAUCAAAAUCAAAACAUUAAGAACCAUUUAAUUUUUAAUAUCGUUCUGAACACUAACUGAUGCAUGUAUUAUUUUUAUAAUAAUAGUAUCCUGGUUAACAAAUCUUACAUUUAAAUGAUACUUCACACAAUUAACAGCCGUAUGGACAAAAUCCUGGUGUAAAAGAAACUGAUUACAAUCCCCAUCCUGCUGUAUUAUCACUAAUUUAAAAUAUGUAAAUAUUUACGAAUAAUUUCCUAUUGCUGAAAAAAGAAAUGGAUAUUUAGGAAGGUCAACGUAUGCAAUUAAUUCAUAUUGCUUAUUUGAAGUAUAAUUUAAAUAUGAACUGUAGUCAUUAGUUGAAUAGAUUUUAAUAUUAUGUGUUUUAAUUCCUGAUUCAUUUCUAAAAAUUGAAGCAAAAUAAGUAUUGUUAAUUAAAAACUAUAUUCCACAAUUAAGGGGAAUAUCAUUAAAAGUCAAAACUGUAAUUUUAAACCCAACUAAAUAAAUUGAAUUAGAGUAAGUUGAUAAUGAUUUGA